GCCCUGGCGGCGAUCCCCCUCCCGCUGGCUCGUGGCCGCCAUCUUGGUCUCAUCUUUCCCGUAGUGCUGGUUUUGUUCUCUGGUGAGGCGGGGUACUCUGCUCCCUCCUUCGAGCGUGGGGCAGCAGUGCUGCCUGGAGCGGUAGGAGCCGAGCGGAGGGCGGCGGCUAGCGAUCUGCCUGAGCUGUCAGGAUUGACCGCUUGGCUGCAGUUGCUGUUACAGAUCGAGAAUUGCAGAAUCAUAGGGACCUCUGGAGGUCAUCCUGUCCAGCCCCCUACUAAAGCAGGUUCCUUAGGGUAGGAUGCACAGGAAACUGUCCAGGUAUUAAGUCUCAGGAAAGAUAGUGGUCUUCAAAAAGUACUAUGGACAACAUGAAUAAAGUUGAUAACACCUCUUGUAAUGGUGGAGCUCUACUUAGAAUGGGCCUCAAUGAUAACAAAGCUGGAAUGCAAGGUUUGGAUAAAGAGAAAAUCAAUAAAAUCAUCAUGGAAGCUUCCAAGGGCUCCAAAUUUUAUGAAAAUGAACUCAAGAAAGAUCAACAGGUUAACCAACGAAUUGAGAAAAUGAUGCAGCUUAAGGAGAAAAUUACACAACAACAGCUGUUGAAAGCGCAGUUGCAGGUGGACAAACUUGUGAUGGAACUGGAACAGAGCCGCAACCUCAGUAGUACUAUUGUGCACAUUGACAUGGAUGCCUUCUAUGCAGCUGUGGAAAUGAGAGACAAUCCAGAGCUGAAGGAAAAGCCUAUUGCAGUGGGAUCAAUGAGUAUGUUGUCCACCUCAAACUACCAUGCUAGGAGAUUUGGUGUACGUGCAGCCAUGCCUGGAUUUAUUGCUAAAAAGCUCUGUCCACAUCUAACUAUAGUACCAUUAAACUUUGAAAAAUACAGAAAAGUGAGUAAAGAGGUUAAAGAAAUACUGGCUGAAUAUGAUCCCCAUUUUAUGCCUAUGGGCCUAGAUGAAGCCUACCUGAAUGUAACAGAGCACUUGGAGGAAAGGCUGAACUGGCCGGAAGAUAAAAGAAGAUACUUUUUGAACACAGAAAGCACUACAGAAAAAAAUAAAGAGGAUAUAAACAUAUCUGGCACAUUGAAUAUUGAUGGAUACUCUUCUUCACCAGUGCUGUUUGAAGAUGGCACAUAUGUAAUGGAUGAUCACUCUGGACAAAGAGAUCAGUCGCUGAAAAAUGUAGUUGUCUUUGGAACUUCUGCAGAAGAAGCUGUAAAGGAAAUUCGCUUUAGGAUUGAGCAGAAAACUCAACUAACUGCUAGUGCAGGAAUAGCUCCAAAUACAAUGUUAGCGAAAAUGUGCAGUGAUCGUAAUAAACCUAAUGGGCAAUGCAGAAUUUCUCCAGAGAGACGAGCGGUGCUAGACUUUAUAAAAGAUUUGCCCAUUAGAAAGGUUCCAGGUAUAGGAAAAGUAACAGAGAAGAUGUUAAAAGCCCUUGGAAUUGUGACCUGCUCAGAACUUUACCAGCAGAGGGCACUGCUUUCUCUUCUUUUUUCAGAAGCAUCUUGGCGUAGUUUUUUGGAUAUCUCUCUUGGGCUGGGUUCAACACAUUUGGAAAAGGAUGGAGAAAGAAAAAGUAUGAGCACUGAAAGAACAUUCAGUGAAAUUAACACAGCAGAAGAUCAGUACAGCUUGUGUCGAGAACUCUGCAGGGAACUUGCUCAGGACUUACAGAAAGAGGGACUCAAGGGUAAAACUGUUACCUUGAAGCUAAAGAACGUGAACUUUGAAGUAAAAACAAGAGCUUCAACAGUGCUGUCUUCUGUUUCUGCUGAGGAUGAAAUAUUUGCUGUUGCAAAAAUGUUAUUAGGAACGGAAAUUGAUAACGUUGCUCCUCACCCUUUAAGGAUAAGACUUAUGGGUGUACGAGUAUCAGGAUUUCUAAGUGAAGAAGAGAAGAAAUACCAACAAAAAAGCAUUAGAAGCUUCUUAAAAUCAGGAAAAGAAAUUGAUUUUCCAAGGCUUCAGCCAGGGAAAUCCAACCAAGAAAAUCUCACAAAAAACUCAGAAACAUCGUCCAGAGGGAGUUUUUUUGAUAAAAAGCGAGCUGCAAGGCAACUAAAUUGUAAUAAUCAUUUUCCAAAUGAAAGUGUAGGUAAGCAGCACUUUCAUGGUAUAAAAUCAUCAGAAAAUUUUGUGGAAGAAGCAAACAAGGUCACAGACUUGCAGAAGUCUAAUGUAUGUGAGAUCUUCACAUGCCCUGUUUGUUUUGAGGAGCAAAGUAGUAGUAAUUUGGAAGAGAUUAAUAGGCAUAUUGAUGAAUGUCUUGCUGGCAGUCUUGUUGAAGAUACUGUGGAAAUAUCAAAAAAUGACAUUUCAAGAGCAAAUUCAUUUAACUUCUUAUCACAGUGUAAAAAUGAAAAUAUUGAUGCCUGUAAAAAAAAAAUAACAGAUCAAUUAGCAGAAACAGGCCAGUCAGCAAGUACAUCUGAAAACUCUUCUAGCAAUAGCAGAGAGAAAAAAUUCACUCAAAUAGUCUCUGAAAAGCCUCACAGAGAAAAACAGCCUGGUGAUCUCAUUGAUAUUCCUAGAAAUGCAAGCAUAAAACAAUGUCUCCUUCCCCCAAAAAAUUCACAAGAGAAUGCAGAACAGUUUGGAAAGAUGGAUCAUACAGAAGAAACUAGUUCAUCCGCAUCUUUUGAAGCCAGAGAAGACAGUGUUCUUGUUUGUCCAGUUUGUAAUUCAGAACAGAAAACCACCAGCCUUAUGUCAUUUAACAGACACGUAGAUGUCUGCUUAAACAAAGGCCUUAUCCAGGAGCUGACAGAAAAAGAUAAUUGUUCUGCUAAGUCUUCUGAUACAGAAAAUCAAAACAAAGUUGGAGGCUUAAGCAGAGGACAGCAGUGCACAAAACCAUUACAAGGAACAAAAAGGUCUGGACUACCAACUUCACAAUCAGCAUCAAAAAAGGCCAAGUCAAUCAAUUCCAAGCAUACAAUUGAAAUGUUUUUUAAAUGACACUGCAGCAGUGUACUUCAUAUGAAGUAUUUCAUAGUGUUUUAUGACUGCAAAUUAAUUUAGCAUUGGUGGCAGGCUGGAUUCAGAUGGAAUAUGCCUGGAUUCACACUGGAGCCAUUGUAUGCUUAUUGUACUCUGUAAAAAGAAUAUGAUAUGUGAGGUAAGAGAUAUAGCUGAGGUAAUUCAAUUUUUUUUGAAAAUAAUACUUUUUUAGCUUAUGAUAAAUGAAAUUUCUAGCACUUAAGAGUUCAUUUAUAUUGAAUGUGUGAAACUUUGUCAAAGUCACAUGCAGUCUCAUGAAUUGUCUCUGCUGUUCAACAAAAUAAAACAGGUUGAUUAGAGCUGCCAUGGUGCAAAUCUGCAUGGUAAGCUCCUGAGAAAGAGGGACUCAUUAGGUAGUGUGUCACAUUGUGCAUGCUGAUGUCCCCCUCCUAAGAUUUGACCUGCCACUCUCUCUGCAAGGCAGAGAAUUGGUAACCAUAGUUGCUCAAGUUAAUACUUUCUUGGACAAUUGAACAGCAAAUUAAUUUGCAUUAUUGUAUGUGUGAUAAUGUAGGAGAGCCAGGCUACUUGAUUUCAGUUCUUGUGAAUGUCUGUCUUGUCAUUGGACACAAAAACUGGUUGGUCUUCAAGCGAGAAGAAUUCAGAGCACAGCCAAGCUUUUAUUGUUAUCACUGAAAAUUACUUCAGUAUGAGGUGAUGGACCCACUCUGAAGGGCUCACUGUGAUGAGAUGCAGGAUGACUUUGCUUGAUACUAAAAAUGUUAAUAAACUGGACGAUGAGAGGAGGAUUAUUCCAGGUUAGCUGACGAAAUGCUGUUUGAUCCUUGGCCUUUCCAGAGAGCCUGAGAACUUCAAUUUUCUUUGCUAUUGUUAAACUGGUAUGUGUUGGUAGGGCUAAAUGUAAUAUACAUCAGUGUGCAAUAAUAAUACGAAUGUUGUAUAAAUAUGUGCAAUAUGCUGAAAUGAAGUAUUCUUACUCUUUAUCUACCUUUAUUUAAAAUUAUUUUCUAUUUUAAAUUAUAUUUUAUGAGUACUUAAGCGUAAGGAGAAGAUUGUAAAGUUCAAAUAUUUGAAAUACUCUAUAUUGAUAUUCUUCUGUUUACACCAAAUUGUUUAAAUUUAGAUAUUUUAUAAUUAAUUUAUGAUGAUAGCAUCUUUCUUAGAAGUUAUACAAACAAUGACAAACCCUUGAUGAAAUAAGAACUUUUAAAAAGUGGAUAGUCUUUAAAAUGGCUAUGAUAGAAGCUUCUGUUCCAUUGCUUAACUGUAUGGGGAUUACUCUGUGGCUUACUUGUUUUUUAAAUAAAUGGAUAUUUUGUAUGAUUUAGAUGCUCAGGCUAAAUCCAGAAUGUAUUUUUUCACUGCCAAAUUUUCUGGAAUGAUUUCAGUAUCUCCACCUGCUUGUGUCUGUUUGCCAGAUGCCACUGUACCUGCAGAUCUGUUAUUUGAAUUCAUUGCUCCUUAAUCUGCUCUGGACAAAAUCAGCUAGGCUAGUGCAUACUAUUCUGCAGGCUGACAGUUGACUUUGUCUAAACAAAGUCAGUGAGCAGUCAGCAGUUGCUGUUCUGCUGACAGAGGUGGGAGCUGGAAAUUUCUGGUAGGAAAAACAUAAAAACAACUGAAGGAGCAGUGACUACUGUUAAAAAAUAAAAAAAGAGCACCUGUCCCUUUAUUGAUAUACAUAUGUAUAAUUUAAUAAAGUGUAGAAUCCAA